CCUUUAGCUCCUCAUCGUGACUGUCAAAGUCUCUUGAAUCAAGACGUUGUGGUGUGUGUCACUGUGCAAAUAGCCAAAUGGGUUCAACCUGAACGGAAGACCGAUCCCCACCGAUCAAAUAACAUCGAGAGGCAGCCUUUCUCUCAGACCGGUUUUCGUGAACCCAUGAAACCCAAUCCCAGCCCUCUGGUUAACAUCGCCACAGUGAUGAAUUUCGCGGCUGAAGGGACGGAUUACGAUUCCACUUUCGAAGAGGAUCCCGAACCGACGUCCUCGGGUUCCGCGCGGAAACCCAGCCACCACCGUCGACAAGCCCACCUUCAACACAAUCUUCUGGUCAAAGAUCGACCCAAGCGAGAGCCCAAGGCCGAUCAGUCGGUCUUCCGUGAAGAAGCUAGCCGGGAUGAAGGUCGUCGGAUUCGCGCCCAAGUCCUCUCACUUUCGGCUUAUGAUCGCCAUAAGCAAUUGAUCAACGAUUAUGUCCUAUACUUUCCCGGAGCCACGGAUCGACUUCAACGCGACACUUCACGAGAUCGACGGGAUAUCGAUGUGAUCCGGGCCAAUCAUAAGUUUCUCUGGGAUGACGAAGGAUCGGGUCAGCCCCAGAGAGCCGAGACCCUCACUUGGGGUCAACGUUUGGCCCAGAAGUAUUACGAGAAACUCUUCAAAGAGUACUGCAUCUGCGAUGUGAGUCGAUACAAGGAGAACAAAGUGGCCAUGCGAUGGCGAACCGAGGCCGAAGUGAAGGCCGGCAAAGGCCAAUUUGUGUGCGGGUCUCGGAAAUGUGAUGAGAAUGCCAUUCUGAGGACGUGGGAGGUCAAUUUCGGUUAUGUGGAGGAGGCGAGGAAGAAGAAUGCCUUGGUGAAAGUACGACUGUGUCCGGAUUGCUCGUACAAAUUGAACUACUUCCAUAAAAAGAAGGAUGUGACCAAAGACAGGCAGAGUAAGAGGAACCAAGAGAAGAAACGGAAGCGGAGACAUCCAUCGGAUAGCGAGUCUCAGGAUGAGACUGGCUUGUCCCAACAAGAGCGAGAUCUCCUGGAGAAGAAAAAGAAACUGGAUGAGGAGCGUUCGGAGAAGAAGGACGCGAAGAAAGCCUCCGAGAUUUGGAGUGCACCCGUGGAAACGGAGCAAGAGAAGUCGCGGGAAGAUGACUUUUCUGAAUAUCUCGAGGAUCUAUUCAUGUGAUCCUUUCGUUCCUGCUUUGAGCAAUAUGAACGUCCAAGUGGCUCAGAAUCUCGCCACGGCCGGUGUGGGUGCCGUGAGCGUCUACUUCUUGCGAGAGUGGUUCAAGGGCGGAGUAUGCACCAGUCAAGCUCGAAUGGACGGUCAGA